UCUCAUGUAAUUCAGCGCUAUUGCUGUCUGAAACGCAGUCGAGAAUCGAGAUGUAUAGAAUACGGUGAUAUAAUUUCGUACACCGUUUAUAUUAUUUUUAACGUUUAUUAUACAGGCUUCUAUUUAACGAUAUACUGUAGCGAGACGUUCCAGACGAAAAGGUCGUAUUGCAAACAGAUCAGCGAACAGUGGACCAGCAGUAUAUAGAACACACGCGUUCACAAAAUGAUGAGUCUCGCCAUCAUAACUGGCGUAAUUUUUGGGUUAUGUUUUGUAUCACACCAUUGCGAAGGUACAAAAGUUGAUUAUCAUGGGAAUAACAUCAACAUACUACAUCCAUAUCAUAUGUACAAUGUGACCAAAGGCCACAGAAACUUGCAAAAAGCUAUAACUGUGCCUGUCAGAUUACAAGGGCCACGCAGUGCAAAUGGCACUGGUCGUGUUGAAGUAUUCUACAACGGAACCUGGGGAACAAUUUGUAAUGAUGGAUGGGACAUAAGAGAUGCUAGGGUUGUAUGUCGUCAACUUGGGUACAUAGAUUCGGGUAUGGUACUUUCUUCACAGCAGUUUCCUAAUGGUUCUGGAGAAAUAUGGUUAAAAAAUGUCGAUUGUACUGGUGAAGAAGAAACAUUAACAAGUUGUUCCCACAGUGGAUGGGGGGUUAGUGAUUCUUGCCAUCACUAUAAAGACGUCGGAGUUGAAUGUUUUAAAACAGCUGUGCAACUAAGAUUGCAAGGACCGUCAAGUUCAAAUGGCACUGGUCGUGUUGAGGUUUUCUACAAUGGACGUUGGGGAACAAUCUGCGAUUAUAAAUGGGAUAUGGAAGAUGCUAGGGUUGCAUGUCGUCAACUUGGUUAUAAUGAUGUGGCUAGGGUCCUUUAUGCUCAUCAGGUUCCUUCGGGUUCUGGGGUAAUAUGGUUGUCUGAGAUGGAUUGUACUGGGGGAGAACAGAAUAUAACGAGCUGCUUUCACGCAAGUUGGGCCGGUUAUAAUUUUUGCUCGCAUAGGGAUGACGCCGGUGUUGAAUGUACAGCAACAGAUUUUUCAACUACUCCUGUAAGACUGAGGUUACAAGGACCAUUAAGCGUGAAUGGCUCUGGUCGCGUUGAAGUUUUAUAUCAUGGAUAUUGGGGAACAAUCUGUGCCAUUGGGUGGGAUAUAAAAAUUGCUAGAGUUGUAUGUCGUCAACUUGGUUAUCAAGAUGCUGUUCGAACCCUUCUAAGUUACGAGGUACCUUACACUUCUGGAAUGAAAUGGCUGUCUAAAAUAGUCUGCACUGGGGAAGAAGAAAAUAUCACAAGCUGUGCUCAUAAGCCUUGGGAGCCUAGUGACCUCUGCAUACAACAGCCGGCUAGCGUUGAAUGCAGUAGAACAGAUUUUACUGGUACACCUGUGAGACUCAGAUUGCAAGGACCUUUAAGUGCAAAUGGCACUGGUCUUGUUGAAGUACUCUAUCACGGAUAUUGGUGGAAAAUAUCUGGUUAUUAUUGGAAUAAAAAAAAUGCUAAGGUUGCAUGUCGUCAACUUGGAUAUAAUCCAGAUAAUGCGAAGACUCUUAAAUCGAAUCUGGUUCCAGCCAGCUCUGACCUGGUAUGGUUAAAACAUGUCAGUUGCACUGGGGAUGAACGAAAUCUUGCAAACUGUUCUCAUGAUGCUUGGGGACCUUGGGGACCUUAUCAUGUUGACGAAUUCGCCAGUGUUCAAUGUUCCGCAACAGAUUUUACCGCUGUACCUUUGCGACUGAGGUUACAAGGACCAUUGAGUGCAUAUGGUAUUGGCCGUGUUGAGGUCUUCUACUAUGGGCAGUGGGGAACAAUCUGUGCACGCGCACGUUAUCAUGGAUGGCACAUGAGAAAUGCUAGCAUCAAGGUUAUAUGUCGUCAGCUUGGGUAUUAUGAUGCUGUUAGGGCUCUACGAAGAGACGAAGUUCCACUCGGUUCUGGGAGAAUAUGGUUGGAUUUCAUCUUUUGUUCAGGAAAUGAAGAAAAAAUAGAAAAUUGUUAUCUUAGCAGUUGGGGGGAUAAUCAUUGUUCGCAUGAGAAUGACGUCGGAGUUGAAUGUACAGCAAGUGUUUCAGUAAAAUCAAAAUCAGGCAAGAAAUCGAAUCAACCCAAAUCGCCAAUAUUGAUGACAAUACCAGCAAUCAUCGUCGUUGGAUUUAUCAUUGCCUGUGUUGCGAUAGUUUUUCAUCGUCAAUGGUUAAGAAAAAAGAAUAUCAAAGUAGAUUCCAAAACUCGACAAAAUCCAGUUAUUUUUUUCUUGCCAAAAGAUGAGCACGUUAUAAUCCUCAAUAAAUAAAAUCAAAGAACGUGACCGAGUUCUCCAUUAGGAGAUAUUUGACAAAGCGAAGCGAGAGUUAUCAUUACUAUUAUCU